GUGUCUUCGACAACUGCUCACACACGGCCAGCGAUAAGGGCUGGGCACUGGGCAUCCGCGCCCUGCAACUUGGUGGCAAGAAGGACGCCCGCUUCUUCUUCUCCCUCCGCACAGACCGGGCGGACACUGCCACUGAGGUGACUGCCUACCACCGCUACCGCCCCGAGACAUGGACCCACCUGGCUGCCAGCUACGAUGGGCGGUGGAUGGCUCUCUACGUGGACGGGGCACGGGUGGGCCGUGCCGGUGGUCAGGGGGGACCCCUGCACAGCACCUUCAUGGCCUCCUGCCGCACACUGCUGCUGGGUGGGGAUGCCUGGGGGACCGUGCACGCUUUCCGGGGACACCUGGCCGGGCUGGCACUGUGGCGGGGUGCCCUGUCCCAACCCCAUCUCCAGAGAUCUUUCCUAGAGGGGGUGACUGGGGGUGUAGAUGGGCUGGCUCUGGAUGCUGGCUUUGCCACCCCUGAGAAGCACUGGACACCUUUUCAGGAAGGCAACUUCCCCCAGCAGCGGGUGCUGCCUUCCCCACCGUGCCCUGUCCUGUGGCCCCUGGGCCCCACUGCCUGCGGGCAGACUGCCUGUGAUAAUGUGGAGCUGGUCUCCCACUACAACAAGCACUGGCCACUGCGCAGCGGGAAGGUGGUGCGGUACCGGGUGGUGAACCUGGCAGAGGAUGAUGGCGGGCGGCCGACGGUCAGCCGGGAGCAAGUUUGGCGGCAACACUGGGCGCUGAGUGAGGCUUUCCGACCUUACAACAUCUCCUGGCAGCUCAGCUUGCUGGAGGUACGCAACUCCUCCCUGCGCCGCCGCACUGUCCUCCUGGGCUGUGAGCCCAGCAAGGUGGGCAAUGAGCGCUGCGACCCUGAGUGCGAGCAUCCCCUGACUGGCUAUGAUGGCGGGGACUGCCGCCGGCCUGGCCGCUGUUUCUCCUGGAAGCGCCGUGAUGGCAUCUGCCACAUGGAGUGCAACAACAUGUUGGAUGACUUUGACGAUGGCGACUGCUGUGACCCACGGGCCACCGACGUGGCCAGGACCUGCUUCGACCCUGACUCACCCCAGCGUGCAUACAUGAGUGUGAAGGAGCUGAAGGAGGCACUGCAGCUGAACAGCACCCACUUCCUCAAUGUUUACUUUGCCAGUUCGGUGAGGGAAGAAUUGGCUGGUGCUGCCACUUGGCCAUGGGAUAAAGAGGCCCUUAGUCACCUGGGUGGAGUUGUCCUCAACCCUGCUUAUUACGGUAUGCACAGCCACACGAACACCAUGAUCCACGAAGUGGGACAUGUCCUGGGGCUGUACCAUGUCUUUAAGGGAGUGAGUGAGCGGGAAUCUUGUGACGAUCCCUGCAGGGAGACAACUCCAUCUAUGGAGACAGGAGACCUCUGUGCUGACACUGCCCCCACCCCAAAGAGUAAACUCUGUCGGGAUCCAGACCCUACCAAUGAUACUUGCGGCCAGACGCAUUUCAUGGGAACACCCUUCAACAACUACAUGAGUUACACAGAUGAUGACUGCACCAACACCUUCACACCCAACCAAGUGGCCCGGAUGCAUUGUUACCUAGACCUGGUAUACCAGCGCUGGGGCCAGAGCAAGAAGCCUGCACCCAUUCCGAUCCCUCCCAUGGUCACGGGACAGACACAGGACUCACUCAGCAUCUACUGGCUGCCUCCCAUCAGUGGUGUCAUCCAUGAGAGGGAGCAGGAUACACUCUGUGACAACUGUGCAGAGGACGGCACCUUCCAUCAGUAUGCGCAUGAGGCCUCUUCCCCUCGGGUCUGUGAUUCCUCUGGCUACUGGACCCCAGAAGAGGCAGAAGGGCCUCCGGAUGUGGAUCAGCCCUGUGAGCCCAGCCUGCAGGCCUGGAGUCCGGAGCUCCACCUGUACCACAUGAACAUGACGGUGCCGUGCCCACAGCCAGAUGGCUGCAUCUUGGAGCUGCGCUUCCUGCACCCGGUCUACCCUGAUUCCCUCACCCUCUGGACUACAUACCUCUCCACGGGCUCUCCCAAGGCACUGUCUGACGUUGAAGUCCUGACAGAGCAGGGGGAGUCCAUCCAUCUGGGUCCCCUGGACACUUUCUGUGAUGUCCCCUUUACCGUGAAGCUCAACAUCCCUAAAAAGGUGUCAGGAGUCAAAAUCUACACCUUUGAUGAGAGGAUGGAGAUAGACACGGCCCUGCUGACCUCCAUGCCCCACAGCUCUCUCUGCUCCGCCUGCAAGCUAAUCCAGUACCGAGUUCUCCGUGACCCCCCAUUUGCAAACGGAUCCCCCUCCACCCCGGCACAGGCACACCGCCAGUUCAUCGACACGGAAGUCAUGCCUGGGCAGGUGUACCACUACCAGGUGCAGGCAGUCUCUGGGACAACCUCAGGAGAAGCCUCCCCACCGCUCAUCCAUGUCCACGGAGCACCCUACUGUGGGGAUGGGAAGGUGACCAUGAGCCUGGAGGAGGAAUGCGAUGAUGGGGACUUGCUGGAUGGAGAUGGUUGUUCCAGGAAAUGUAAAAAGGAAAAAGGUUUCAACUGUGUUGGGGAGCCAAGCCUGUGCUAUGUGCACGAUGGGGAUGGUGUGUGUGAGCCAUUUGAGAAGACAAGCAGCAUCCUGGACUGUGGUCCCUACACACCUGAUGGAUAUGUGGAUCUGUGGGCAGCGAAAGCCUACGCCUCCCAUCAGGAUGCAAAGUCCUGCCCUGCUUCCUUGGUCACUGGAGAGCCUGUUGUGAAGGUGUGCUUUGAGAGACCUGCAGUGCCCACCUCCCUUCUGGUCUUUCUGGCCUCUGAUGGCACCAACCAACGGAUGUAUGAGCUGUCAUGCCAGCACAACCCGCUCGUCAUCAAUGUGACCCAUGGCCAGGAGCACCCAUCCCACUGGACUGCUUCAGUGCUGCUCAACUUCUCCUCCCCACUCGUGGGCAUUGCAGCCGUGGCCUUGCGGACCUCAGUUCAUCCUGGCUCCUCUGACCCGACCACCUGCCUCCUACAACACGAGGAGGGACAUGGCCAUGAGCGCUACAGCUGUGUCCAUGGUGCCUGUGCAGGAUCAGGAAGCUGCACAAGGCCACUGCUUGCUCACGCUGCCACCCUCAACUGUACCUCUGAUGGCCCGAGGCACAUGGCUUGCACCGUCACCUGUGAAAAGGGCUUCAUCCUCCGCUCUGGCAAUGGGAAGGGCCUAGGCUCCAUACAGCAGAAUGUCGUGCUGACGUGCAUCUCAGGACGGUGGGACAGAUCUGUGACUUGUGACCCUGUUGACUGCAGUGUCCCUGACCAGUCCCAUGUGUACUACGCUGAGUUCUCCUGCCCCAAGGGGACCACCUACCUGCAGAGAUGUUCCUUUUCCUGCAUCCACCCAGCCAAGCUUCAAG